GGUGGCGUUUUUCACCAGUUUCCACAAAAACUUUAGAAUCGACAAAAUUUCUUAAACAAAUUUAUUAAACUUGACAUUAACGAUAUCUCUAAAGUUGUGCUAAUGUUAGGAAAGCUACAACAAUUGAAGUAGUUAUUACUCUUGAAUGUCGUAUUUAACUUAUAUUCAUCUUAACAUUUUCUGCUCUUAUGAUGAAUCUGUUUAAACUUCACGCCAAUUUAUAUUAUCGCUCAAGCCAAUUGUUUUUAACUAUUGUUUAAUGAAUUGUUCACUAUCAGCAAAAUGUCGCAGGUUUAUGUUGUUGCUGUUACUACUUUGAAAGACUUGCAAAGGGAGAUAAAUAAGCUCCUAGGAGAUAAAAUAAUACUAAAAGCUUACGGAACGAAUGAAGAAAUUGUAUCAGGUGACCUUGAGAAAGCUGAAAUAGUAAUAACUGAACCGAGAUAUCUUCUUUCAUCUAAAUUAUUUGACAAGUGCCCAAAUCUCAAAUGGUUUCAUUCUCCAUGGGCUGGAGUGGAAUGUAUCUUGAAAUACGAUUGGACGAAAAAUCGACCAAUAAUAACAAGAACAGUGGGUUCUUAUCCUCAACAAAUGUCAGAGUGGGCUAUAGGAAAUAUGAUUGCCUCAAAUAGAAACUUCUUCGCAAUGAAAAAAUAUCAACUUGAUCAUAAAUGGGGGAAGCAGGACUUUCGUAACUUUUGUUCCCUCUAUGGAAAAUCUAUUGCUAUUUUAGGUUGUGGAUCUAUUGGCAAGGAAUUGGCAAGAAAAGCUAAAGUUUUCGAUAUGACUGUUUGGGCUAUAACUAAAUCUUCACAUGAGAAAUGUAACUUCAUUGAUCAUCAUAGGCAUACCAACGACUUGGAUGAAGUGUUGUCGAAUUGCGAUUUUAUAUGCAACGUAAUGCCUCAAACAGAAGAAACAAGAGGCUUACUCUCAGGAAAAAGACUAAGUGUCUGUAAGAAGCAGCCUUUAUUUUUAAAUAUGGGUAGAGGUUCUAUUAUAUCUGAUGAGAGCUUAUGCGAGGCUUUAGAUGAAAAAUGGAUACAAGGUGCAGUACUGGACGUUUUUAAUGAGGAGCCACUACCCCCUAGUAAUAAACUCUACGACUAUCCGAAUGUCUUUGUGACUCAUCACACUGCUGGCGUGACAUUUGCCAAUGAGGUUGCGGAUGAUUUUGCCCACAAGUUUGAACAGUACACUUCAAAAAAGGCUAUGGAUGAUGUUGUUCAAGUUGAGAGGGGUUACUAAAAAUAAUUAUUUUAUUCAAUUAAAAUAUAUUUAGAUUGAUUAAUCAAUUAGCAUUUCGUAGAAAGUAUUAUAUCGUAUUCUUUUUACCCAAAGUAUAUUAGACAAACACUAUUUCAUUGUCCUCAAAAAAAUUGUAUUUUACUGCAAGGAAAGAUUUGUUACUUAUCAAAUCAUUCUGAUAAUGUAUCAAGUAACUACAACAAACUAAGAUCGAAUCGAGGUUGAAUUACUUUGUAAAACGUACUUUCAGACAAGAUUUGGAAAUGUUCUCAUUAUCAUUCCAGCUCCUCUCUUCAAUCGAUUCUAAAAGCCACGAAAGUAUGAUAACAUUAGCAUCGAGCUAUUUUACAAUCAACUUACAAUUUCGGUCAAAUGUUGCCAACAGGAUUUCCAAGAGUCGUAACUUUGUCCAAAGGGUGGUUUGGUAAUAGCCAAGCUAAAGAAACAAAGUUUAUAAUAUUUUACUUCGCUGCAAGAAUUACAAUUGUUAAAUUUACCCGGAAUUGUUCACUGCCAUUAUGUUUGCUGUUAAAAUAAAGGGAUAAGUCCAAUUCGUGACCAGAAC